AUGAAGUUAAAUUCAGAAGUAUUUAAAGAGGCGCAACUGGCUGCCAGAGCACCAAGAUUUAGAUAUUUAAUUCUAGGAUUGGUGUGUGGUGCGGUAGUACCCACCAUCUAUAUGAGACGGUACAUAGCAACAAGACCAAGCAAAGAGAGCCUCCAAGAUAUCAACGCUAUCAAGGAGCAGGCAAGAGCUAUCGAAGAAGGAUCCAAGUUGCUCGAUUUUGACGUUACAUCGACUAGAGAAAUGCUUAACGUCCCGCUUGCCUCAUGGCACCUCAAUGGAAACACAAAAUAUAUCACUGACGAAAAAUUCAGAAGCAUGGUCGAUGACAAUUCAAUGAUCCUCUUCUCAUCAAUGGUUUAA